AUGGAUCUUUCGACCUGGAGAGCGCGAAUGGACACUUACCUUAUACCUGUUCCAGCGGAAUCUAAGGGUCGUUACGUUUUGUCAUUCCUAGACGAUAAAGUAAGGGAUGUGCUGACUGCGAUUGGCUUUCCCCCCGAUGCAGAUGCCGAAGCUGUGUGGUCUGAUCUGGUGAGACUCUUCCCACACGCAGGGACGUUCGGACGCACGGCACCAGUUCUGAACAAGAACUCAGAGAGUGGGAGAGUCGCCUCAAAUGCGUUUCCCACACGUUCAGCCAUCAUUCGAGGCGAAUUUGUUCUGGAAAGGUUCGUUGAAAGGAUUACGGACCUGGCAACUCCUCGACGUUUCGCACGAAAACUACCUCUGUCGAUCGAGGAUGCUGUACUCAUUGCCCGAGAAUACGCCGCUGCCGCCCGAAUUCCAGAGAAACCUAAUUCCGUCGAAUGCAUGUUUCUGGCCACUGAGCGAUCACGUCUACAUCCGCCUCCAGCCCGCCAACAUUUAGAUGCCAUCAGUAGAGCAGAUCCCGUAAGGGCGGCCACAACAGUCAAUCGAGCUUCACCAGACCGCUACGGAACACAUGACACAACAUACAAUUCACGCCUUCCAACUUGGGUACGAACACUUCUGACACCCGUAGAAGAUGUCAUCCCAAGCACGGCGUUCAGGAGAUUGCACCAACUGAUACGGAGUAAGGAAGCAGCUUUUGCAUGGGAAGGGUCCUUACCAGGUCGCGCCAACACUAUCUGCCAUCAAAUCGACACCGGCAUGGCUGAACCGAUAACAAAGAGACCUCGUCGUGUCCCUACCCAGUAUCGGGAGGAACUGAGAAAAAUGAUUGAAGAUAGGUUAGACGCCAAGAUCAUCAUCCUAUCGAAGUCACCGUGGUCAUCUCUAACAGUCCUUGUGAAAAAGAAGAACGGAUCUCUUAGGCUGUGCAUAGACUAUAGGAAACUCAACGACGUGACACGUAAGGACUCAUUUCCCCUGCCCCGUAUUGACGACACUUUAGAGGCCCUUAGCGGAGCUCAAUGGUUUUCUACGCUUGAUCUAGCUUCUGGUUACUGGCAGGUUGAAAUCGACCCAAAAGAUAGAGAAAAGACCGCAUUCAUCAUACCCUCUGGUCUUUACGAAUUUCAAACCAUGCCAUUUGGACUGACCAACGCUCCAGCUACGUUUCUGCGUUUGAUAGAAAAUUGUAUUUAG